AUGGAGGACAUAUAUGAUAAUUUAGAAAAUUACGAUGACCUAAACAAAAUAGAGGAGCUUAAAAUUGAAAAUAAGGAGCUGAAAUGCAAAAUUGAGGAGUACACCACUGCUAUAGGAAAACUACAAGAAAAUAUUUUACAGGAUUUUGAUAAGUUAGCAGCAGAGCACAAAAAACUAGAACUUAAUUAUUCAUCUUUACUCAGAACUGCUAAAGCAGAGGUUGAAAGAAAAACACAAAUGAUAAAAGACUUAAAUAUAGAAAAGGAUAAACUAGUGAUUAAUGCAAGGCUAAAUCAGGGACAAAAUGCCCUUAAUAAAUUUAGAAGGAGUGAAAGGCUUAAAUGUAAAAAUGAAAAGGUUUCAGACAUAAGUGUUCCAGACCAAUCAGUAGGUUUGAAUUCAAAAAAUCAAGUAGUACAAAAUGAAUGCAAUAAUGAUAAUCAUUUAACAUCACUGGAUACAAUUUCCAGUUCCAGUACAAAUGGAAACGUCAAUCAUGACGCGGAAAAAUAUUUAGAAAACAAAAGUAAUAAUCUCGACACUAGAAAUCUUACAUCAAAAGAAAAUAAUAUGCAGAUGUUAAAUAAACCCCAAAGUAGACAAAUUGAGACCAAGCUUAGAAGAAUUUCGAACAGACGGAAAUCCAUGCCAGUAUUAAGUCAUGACAUUAAGUUCAAUUCUGAUGAAGAAUGUGAAAAUAUUGUUAUGACAAAAGAAAAUAAGAAUUACCAUCAGAAAAAUGAGGAUGUGUUGAGAAGAUUUGGCGAAAAAAAUUAUUCCAACAAUAAUAAAAUAUCUGAAACCUUAAGUGUAGAAAGUAGUCACUCUCAUUAUCAUGAUUCCAUAACAAAUCAUUCUAAAAAUAAAACCAAUCGGUAUUAUAAAAAUGAAAACCAUAGAAAUAGGGAAUAUUCACAGAGACAAAGGUGGCAAUCCAGUCCUGAUAGAUUACAUCAUAGAAGUGUGAAAGAUUACACAGCCGAUAAUUACCAAAGAUAUGAGAAUUACCGAAGAGCUUGUGAAAGCCCUCCACGCGAUAAAUAUUAUAGAAAUAGGAGCAGAGACCGUAAAUCAAAUUAUGAAAGGGGAUAUCAUCGCGACUUCUUACAUGGAAAUGAUGAUGGGCGAUAUGGCGAGAAACAUAAAUAUCAAGAUGAUUUGGAUGAACCAAGUUACAAACGACAGAAAAUUGCACAUUUACAUCACAAGCAUAGUGAAAAUGAUAACAUAUCGCAAAAUAUAGAUGAUAAUAUAAGGCAAAAUGUGGAUAGUAACAGAUGGCAAAAUGUAGAUGAUAGCAGACGGAAAAAUGUAGAUGAUAGCAGAUGGCAAAAUCAAGAUAAUGACAGAUGGCAAAAUGUUAAUGAUAAUAGACUACAAAAUUUAGAUAGUAACAGAUGGCCAAAUAUAGAUAAUAACAGAUGGCAAAAUAUAGAUAGUAAAAGAAGGCAAAAUGUAGAUGAAAACAGAUGGAAAAAUGGAGAUGAUGACAGAAGGGAAAAUGAAAUGGAAGUUUCCAAAAAAGUAAUUCCAAUGGCGAUAGAACUUUCAGAGCAUGUAUCUUGCCAGUCACCUGAUUAUGUACACACUGAAUACCGUACAGACGCUAUUAGAGAAAUUAUGAACACUGCUGUUAUGCAUUUAGAAGAUCCAAGACUUACUAGCAGAAAAUACAGAGUUAUAAAUGAUAAUAAUAAAGAAUUCAUAUCAACUGUUACUGGGAAAAAUGUAGAUAUAACACCCGUCAAUAAAAAUCUUUGGGGAUUUGAACCUGUUCCAGUGCCAAAACCAUUACUCGAACCACCCUCUAGAUACACCACAGAAGAGCUGGUUAAAAAUAUAUACGUAGAUAUUGACAAUCCAACUUCUAACCUAUCUCUUGAAUCAGGUGAAAUUUCGGAUGUAGAUGACUACAUUAUCUCAUCUAACACUUCCGAACAUGAACUACUUGAAAAACACGCAAAAGAUUCAAAUAUUGCUGUUGAUAAUAAUGAAAAGUUAAGCAACAUUGAAAAAAACAAUGAUAAUAAUUAUAAUGAUACGGCGAAUAAGUCGUUAGUGCAUAAAUGUAAAACUGUCAAACUACAAAAUGUUUCGGAAACUCAAGCCAAGUCAGAAGCAGUUGUUAGUGAUAUAAAUUCAGAACAUACUGAAGGUAAUAAUUCCACAACACAUCGAACUGUGGAAAAUGAUACUGAAAAUAGUAAAAGAGUCGAAGUUAAAUCAAUGCCGCAACUUAAUGUUUCUUCUAAAAGUACUAUAGAUAUUAAAAAUAUAUGUAAUAUUAGUAAGGAAAAAAAUGAAAGAAGCUCAGAUUUGAAAUUAGUAACUAAAUGCUAUAAUGAAUUACCUGUAUCGGCAAGAAUUGUUGAAAAUGAUCUUGUGUUAAGUGACGACACAAGUGAUAUUAUUGAACCUAAGAGAAAAGUUACCAAGAAGCAUAGCAAAUCAAAAAAUAAAAAAGAUAAAAUUGAUAAUUAUACAGAAAAACAAAAAGGUGAAGAGGAGACAAAAAAAUGUAGGAAUGUUCCUAAAGUUCUUACAGAGACUGCAGCCAAAAAUAAAGAAAAGUCUUUAAAAGUAAGUAAUAAAAAUUUAGAAACAUCUACAGAACAUGGUAAAAGACAUAGAAGUGACACAGGGAAGUCCCAAGGCAAUAAGGGGUCUGACGUUGAUAUAUCUAAAACAAGUAAAUCAGAGAAGGAUAUUCAAGAUAGAACACCUAAAAUACAAGAAAUUAGAACAAAGUUUACUGACCUUUUUGGGGAUAGUAGCAGUCUAAUAACACCAGAUGAUUUAGGAAUUGUUUCUGCUGAAAAAGAACAUAAAGAAAAAUAUGUCACAAUGUUUGAAGAUACUCAAGAUGCCAUGGAUUUAAACAUUAAAGAAAUAGAAAAAGUAAAAGGAUCAAUAUCAAAGGAUGUUGAUUCUGAAGAUAAUGGUAAAGAGGAAUGUGAAAAGAUACAAACGCGUUCAUCGAAACCAAAAUUUAUUUGUGCGUCAGUAAAUCAAUGCAAAGAAGGUGAAACACAAAAAACAAAUAAACAAUCAGUUAAAAUGACUGAAGAAAAGUCUUCUACCAUUAAAGAAUCCAGCGAUAUAGUUAACAUUUAUGAAAAUGUAAAUGCUGAAACACCAAAUGUUGUAAAAACAGUUAUUAUUUCAACAGGAAUACAACCAGCAGCUUUAUGCGAUAACAGUAAUGUAUUUACACAGCCACAAAAUGUGAAUUUUCUUGAAAAUGCUGCAAAACCAAUGAUCAAUUCAGCUCCAAAAGCUUUAGCCACUUCGACGCCGGCUAAGGUGGCACAACAAGAGCAAACACUAACUGAUUCUACAAAAAUUAGAUUACCACCAGAUAGUUCAAGUGCUUAUUCUGAUGACAGUAGGAUAGUGGAAACUUCACAAACAGUCAAUGAUUCGUCCGAUCUUAACGUAGAUCGCCAGAAAGAUGUAGAUACACCUGAUGUUAGAAUUUUCGUGAAGAGAAGAAGAAAGGUGAAAAAAAUGACACCAUAA